AUGACCGGUAACACUGAGUCAAAGCCUUCUCAGCAGCCUGCCAUGAGCUCUCUCGACAGCAUCAUGUCGAUAAUCGACCGUGCGGGCGCAAAGCCUGCGGCGACGGCAACAAACCGAGCGCCUGCCCCUGGUGCCCCUAGGCCGGCACCGCGGCCAGUCGGAGGGGCAAGUAGCGCAUCACAGACCCCUCAGCUGAAGCGAAAGGCAUCAGGCCCAGUCGAAACCGGACAAAGCAAGAUGCAGAGGAAGGAGGCCGUUGGAGCCUCCGCGCAGACGAACGGUGCGGCCCGGGCAACCUCGUCGCCUGCCACGUCGAAACCCGCCUCGGCCGCGCCUACCACAGCCGUACCGUAUAGGGGAACAGCAGCACCGUCUUCUUCGAAACCAGCGAAUCCGCCUAUCCGGAAGCCUACACAGCUAUCCAGCGCUGUCGCUGCCGGACCCAAGGCUGCCGCCCCUGCUCCUAAGCCUGCACCAGCAGCCACCGGCUCUACUACCCCUUCGACAUCCGCACCCAAAAAAGGGUAUCUAGCCAUGCUGCAGAAGGCAAAAGAGAAGGAUGCAACGAAGCCUUUGGCUCCGCCCAUCAAGCAUGAGCCGACAAAGAUUUUGUCAAGGAAAGAACGCUUGGCACUUAAGGCAGAAGCAAGUGCAGGAGCAAAGGGUAAGAAGGCUGUCGGCACUGCACUCCCCUCCAGAAGUAUAGAUCCGAAAGCCGAUUCCUCAAAAGACAAGAAGAAGGCAGUCGAUGUGGGUUAUCAAGGCACAGCACGGCCAGCCAAGAAGCCUGUCGAGGUUGGCUACAAAGGAACUGCUCGCCCAGCCAACGCGCCUGCAACUUCAAGUCGAAAUGGUACACCAGCUUUGAAACAAAAACAGAACCCAGCCAAGGGUCGUUAUGAUGGUUACGCAGACUGGGAUGAUCUCGACGACAUGGACGACGAAGAAGAAGACUAUGCGUCUGACGCCUCCUCUGACAUGGAAGGAGGUGUCUGGGAUGUCGAAGAGGAGGAGCAGCUGGCACUCAAGGUUGCAAAGAAAGAGGAUGCAGAAGCACUAGCUGAAGAAAACAGGCUGAAGAAGUUGAAAGAAGAACGCAAGAAGAAGCUGGCGGCUAUGGCAGCUAAAAUGAAGAGGAAGUUCUAGGGAUACCUGGCGUUACGGUUUACGAUUACGGCAUGGGGGCGUUUUGUUGCAUUCCUGCGACUGCAUAGCCAUGGAGUGGAUUCAUCUUAUACCAUGGCGCAUUUACGAUUGUUGCAUACCCGGAACAACAAUCUUGUCUUCACAGGGAUUGGCUUAAUGGAGCAUAUUAGAGUAGUUUUAUUCAACGACGUCGGCACUGUUG